GCGUUGGCACUUCUGACGUGCUUGUAAGAGUCAGUUUUGCCCAACACAGGCGGUGACUGCAGAGGUGUUCGGUUCUGCUCCCUCUCCCAUCCGACAUUAGCAGAAGGGUCAAUCAUGAACAACUUCGGGCGUAUUUUGGCCGUCGCGCCACCAUGUGCGGCCCAGCAGCAGCAGGCAAGAGGAAUGGCCACCCUCAAGGCCAUUUCCAUCCGUCUUAAGUCUGUUAAGAACAUUCAGAAAAUUACUCAGUCCAUGAAGAUGGUGUCAGCUGCCAAAUACGCCCGUGCUGAGAGGGAUUUGAAACAGGCUCGUCCUUAUGGAGAGGGAGCGACUGCUUUCUAUGAUCGUGCUGAAGUGAAGAGCACAGAAGAAAAGCCAAGCAAGCUAUUAAUUGCUGUCACAUCUGACCGUGGGCUCUGUGGAGCUGUGCACAGCGGUGUGGCUCGUCAGAUCCGUAAUGAGCUUGCCAUUGAUGACUCCAACACCAAAGUUGUUUGCAUUGGUGAUAAGUCUCGCUCUAUCCUACAGAGGUUGUAUUCUAAGAAUUUGAUUCUCGUUGCAAAUGAGGUUGGCAGGAAGCCCCCAUCAUUCCUGGACGCUGCCAAGGUUGCUGAUGAAAUUGCAAAACUUGACUUCCAGGAGGGAAAAAUCAUUUACAAUAAAUUCAAGUCUGUGGUGUCAUACCAGGUGUCUGAUCUGCCACUGUACAGCUUGGAUGCUGUGUCAAAGGCACCCAAGAUUUCAACUUAUGACUCUCUUGACGAUGAUGUCAUCAAGAGCUACAUGGAAUUCUCACUGGCAUCUAUGCUCUAUUUUGCUAUGAAGGAGGGUGCUUGCUCUGAACAAUCUUCCCGUAUGACAGCCAUGGACAAUGCCAGCAAGAACGCCGGUGAGAUGAUUGAGAAGCUGACGCUGACAUUCAACCGAACCAGACAGGCUGUCAUCACCAGGGAGCUUAUUGAAAUUAUUUCUGGAGCCUCAGCUUUGUAAGCUAUUUUUAACUGAAAGUAGUUAAUGCCUAACUAGCUCUGUCAAUGCUAGCUGGUAUCAAAAUUGUAUCAAACGUCAGUAAAGGUGGCCCCAGGUAUUUUAAAGUCUCAAUUUGUUUAUCACUUUUAAAAGUCUUUCCGAUAUGUGUUCUAUCAUUCUACUUAUGCUGUGCAUAAGGAUUGCAUUUGGUUAGCUGGGAAAUGUCACUAGCCCUGAUUCAUUGUACAAAAGCCGCACGAUUAUGAAUAAAGGGGAUUCAUGGAAGUA